AUCGGAUGUUGGGCUGGGACGAACGUGUCCACCGCUAGCUCGCAGCUCGCACGCCGCGCGCUCACCCGUGCUAGUGCUAAUUCACCUGUUACCGCACAUUAGAUAAUCUGCUUAGAGGACAUUCCGCAGGGACUUACAGACACUCGUGUGCAGUGAAGUGUUAAUAAACUGGAAUGUUUUGUUGAACGUUCAGAUGUUUCGAGUCCAGAUUAUAUUAAAAUAGGCCUUGCUAUGACGAUGCUUGCGAUGGCGCGAGGAUCGGAGGAGCGUCGGGAUAAGGCCGAGGACGAGGCUGAAGGGGAGACUGAGGCCAACGGCGAGGUUGAUGUCGUGGGGGUGGAGGAGGCCGCGCCUGUGGACCUGACGAGGCGGUUGGGGCUGACCCGGCCGCCCGACAGACCAGCCAUAGCGUUCUCAGUGGAGAACAUCCUGGACCCCACGAAGUUCACCGGCCGGUCGGAAGUACCGCUGCGGUACGACGAGCAGUACUGGCGACCACACUACGACAGGGAUGACAGUGACUCCGUAAAAGAUCACUUGCAACACUCAGACAUCGAAGCAGACGAAGUGGAAACGGAUGACCAAACCUCGAACCUUGACGAUGACAUCCUAACUCAAUCAGAUUUGGACGAAAACGGGGACCCUAAGAGUCCCACAAGUUCGAGCUCAAAGAAAGGAAAGAGCAGUUCUUCAAGAGACUCCAAAGGUGGCACUAAGCCUAGGAGAGCAAGAACUGCAUUUACUUAUGAACAGCUGGUUUCUUUGGAGAAUAAAUUUAAGACUACUAGGUAUCUGUCUGUCUGCGAGAGACUCAAUCUGGCGUUAAGUUUGAGUUUGACUGAAACACAGGUCAAAAUCUGGUUCCAAAAUCGUCGCACGAAAUGGAAAAAGCAGAAUCCGGGGAUGGAUGUCAACAGUCCAACGGUGCCACCACCUUCGGCUGGGGGCUUCCCAUCGGGGCCCUACCCUGGGGGCCUGUUGUACUCCCACGGGGUCCCAUACCCCUUUACGGGGCCUGGUCCUUACGCGCCCUACUUCCAUCACCUUGCAGCCAAUCAUCAUCACUCUCAUGGUAGCCUUGGACACUCUCAUACGUGAUUGUGGCAACGCCCUGGGUCCCAAGAUCCUAGGGUCGAAAAAGAAAACGAAAAUAGUUGUGGACUAUCCAAUUAGUGAGGACUUUUCAGUGUUUUGUGAGGCUAUAUUGGACCCUAUAGUCUGUUCACGAAC